AUGACCGAAGAAGUUGAAACGGUAGAUUUGACACCACAAACAAAAAGUUCAGAACCAUUGUCAAAACCUGUCAAAGAACUUACAGAUGAAGAGAAAAAUUCAAUAAUAGAAAGUGCCAGGUCUGGAAAUACAAACCCUAACUAUAAAGUCACUUUUCAUAGAAAUGGAACGGCUAGUAUCUCAAAAAAGAAACAGACUCUCACAAAUAAAAUAUUGAAGUCUGAAGGAGCUUUCGAGACAACAGAUGGAAAAGUUUACUUCACUGACCAACAGUUCAUUAUAGAACAUCUCAUUGACUUAGAGUCGAAAUAUUCUAAACUUUACAACAAACACAAAAAGUUGAAAGGAAAACAAAAACAAAUGGCAUAUGAUAUUUAUGAAGAUGUUGACAACACAACUGUUCCUGCAGGUGAGGUAAAGUGGAAAAACCAGAAUUUUCGAAAAAGUGACACCAACUAUUAA